GCUAGUCCUUGGAGCCAAGCAAAUUACAAAAUAAUUCGAUUAUUUUUAAAUUGUUCGGAACCCUACGCUUCCACCGUCUCCUCCGCCGUCGUUCUGAUCCAUCGUCGUCGCCGGAAUUUUGUGAAGAUUUGAGUGGACAGAAUGCAGGCUGCGGGUGGUGCUGCAAUGAUGGGCUCUUUGCAAAUUGUUGUUUGUGCGAAGGGAUCGUGUUUUCCUUCAAAAGGUUAUGGCAUCCGUGUGUUUCCGCAAAACAGGAGAAUGAACAUCUCGAAACUCCGUAAAUCCUCUAAUGUUGAAGCAAGCAUGGUUGCGGGGAAGCAAUCAUCUUCCUUCUCUGUCACCGUUCCAGAUAUUGAAGGCGUAAGUGACUUUGUAGACCAUGGUUUGAAUGAAAUGGAUCCCGAAGUUCAAAGUAUUAUCAAAAAAGAAAAGGAGCGACAGUUUAAAAGCCUCGAACUUAUUGCCUCAGAGAAUUUUACGUCUCGGGCAGUUAUGGAGGCAGUAGGGUCCUGUCUCACAAACAAAUAUUCAGAAGGAUUACCUGGAAAGAGAUACUACGGUGGCAAUGAACAUAUCGACAAGCUUGAAACACUCUGUCAACAAAGGGCUCUAGCAGCAUUUCGUUUGGACAAUAACAAGUGGGGUGUAAAUGUUCAACCAUUAUCUGGUUCACCUGCUAACUUCGAGGUUUAUACUGCAAUUCUUAAUCCACAUGAUCGGAUCAUGGGUUUAGACUUGCCUCAUGGAGGCCAUUUGUCUCAUGGGUUUAUGACACCAAAAAGGAGGGUAUCAGGCACAUCAAUUUAUUUUGAAUCUAUGCCUUAUCGUCUUGAUGAGACUACAGGUAUUGUAGAUUAUGACAUGCUCGAAAAAACUGCUAACUUGUUUCGACCAAAGCUGAUUAUCGCUGGUGCAAGUGCUUAUCCACGAGAUUUUGACUAUCCUCGCAUGAGAAAUAUUGCCGAUUCUGUUGGUGCUUUUCUCAUGAUGGAUAUGGCUCACAUAAGUGGGCUUGUUGCUGCUUCUGUGGUCGCCGAUCCUUUUGAAUACUGUGAUAUCGUGACCACAACUACACACAAGUCUCUGAGAGGUCCAAGAGGUGGCAUGAUCUUCUUCAGGAAGGAUCCUGUUCUCGGAGUCGACUUAGAAUCUGCUAUUAAUAAUGCUGUGUUUCCAGGAUUACAGGGUGGUCCUCAUAAUCAUACAAUUGGGGGACUUGCUGUCUGCUUGAAGCAUGCACAAUCUCCAGAGUUCAAGGUCUAUCAGAACAAGGUCAUCUCCAAUUGUAGAGCUCUUGCAAGUCGACUUAUUGAGUUAGGUUAUAAGCUAGUCUCUGGCGGAAGUGACAAUCACCUAGUUCUUGUCGAUCUCAGGCCAUUGGGUAUCGAUGGCGCACGAGUGGAGAAAAUUCUCGACAUGGCCUCAAUCACUCUCAACAAGAACUCUGUUCCCGGUGACAAGAGUGCUUUAGUUCCAGGAGGCAUUCGAAUCGGGUCGCCUGCCAUGACCACCCGAGGAUUCACCGAGAAAGAGUUCAUAGCAGUUGCAGACUUUAUCCAUGAGGGUGUUAAGAUAACUCUUGAUGCCAAACCACUGGCCCCAGGAUCAAAGCUCCAAGAGUUCCUCAAGUUCGUGACAACCUCUGAUUUCCCUUUGAUCGACCGAGUUUCUGAUCUUCGCUCGAGGGUUGAAGCUCUUACAACUCAAUUCCCAAUACCUGGCCUGUAAGUAUCACUUCACAGAAGGAAAUGGGUAUACAUUUACAAUAAACAGGGGGGGAGGGGGGACAUGUCGUGUUAUGUCGUGUCGUGUUUGUGUUAGUUGUACUAAUAGAAACUAGAUAGUUUGGAACAUUAUAUAAGACGUUGUUGCAGCUAUGUACGAGGCUUAGUUAGCUACGUUCAUGUUGGCAGAUAUUAAUAUUUGCCAACACGUUCAAUUAUUAGUUCAUACGAAUGCUUUGAAUACAAA